AUGGCGGAGGUUCACACGGUAGAAGGGCAGUCGCCGGGGAAUGGAAAUCGGACUGGUAACGCCCAAGAGGCGGAGCUGGUUGCGGUUCCAGACCCGCCCGAUCCAAUGAGUACCCUUAGCUGGAACUGUCGUGGCUUGGGUAAUCCACGGACAGUCCGUGAAGUUUUGGACCUUGCGUCCCGAGUGAAGGGUGGUUUGGCUUUACUAUGGCGGAAGAAUAAUACGGCAAGUCUUCUCAGCUAUUCGGACAAUCAUGUGGAUAUUGAGGUUAGUGUGCAUGGUUUUUCAAAAUGGUGCAUGACUGGUUUUUAUGGCUUGCCGCAGCGUACCAGGCGUAAUGAAUCAUGGGAGAUGUUAAGGUCUUUGGCACCCAGGUCUAACCUGCCAUGGGUGGUCAUUGGGGACUUUAAUGAUCUUCUGUAUCAGCACGAGAAGAGACGUGGAAAUCCACAUCCGGAUAGUCUCCUACGCGGUUUUGGGGAAACUAUUGAGGACCGUGGUUUGUCUCAGAUGGCUAUGCAGGGGUAUCCGUUUACAUGGGAGAGGGGAAAGGAACAGUGGAUUGGAUUGAGGAACGGUUGGAUAAGGUAUUGGUCACGAAUGAGUGGCGCGAGAUUGUUGCAGGAGGGGUGGGCUGGUAAGAGGGGCUUCCGUUUUGAGAAUGCAUGGUUAUACGAUGAGGGAUGCCGAAAUGUUGUGGAAGAAGCCUGGGAGGAAGGAAGGGAUCGUGGGAUACAGAAUUGUAUUGAGUAUUGUGGUACUCGCCUAUCUCGCUGGGGUGGUGACCGAUUUCAUAAAUUCGGGGAGCAGAUUAUAAGUCUCCGGAAAGAACAAUUGCGUCUGAAAGGAAGAAUGGAUCCAGUCUCAUUGACUGAGUUCCAGCGCCUGGAGGAGCUAUUGAGCCGUAUUGAGACACAGGAAGAUGCCUUCUGGAGACAAAGGGCCAAGCAACACUGGCUCAAGGGUGCCGACGCCAAUACCAAGUUCUUUCACAGGUAUGCUUCUCACCGUAGAAAGAAAAACAUUGUUGAUAAGCUUAUGAAUGAUAAUGGGGAUUGGGUGGAAGCUGCCCUUAAUGAAACUGAUGUGGUGUUGAUUCCGAAGAAAAAAACCCCGGAAAGGGUGUCUGAUCUCAGGCCAAUUGCCCUCAGCAAUGUGAUUUACAGGGUAAUGGCAAAAGUAAUUACUAACAGGAUGAAACCUAUGAUGGAUGAGAUUAUAUCGGACUCACAGAGUGCGUUCAUACCCGAUAGGCACAUAACUGAUAAUAUAUUGAUAGCAGCAGAGGUUGGUCAUUAUCUGAACAGGAAACAAUGUGGAGCUGUUGGCUGGGCUGCCCUAAAACUGGAUAUGGCAAAAGCAUAUGACCAUAUGGAAUGGUCUUUCUUGCGUGGAAUGCUAUUAGCUAUGGAUUUUGAUAAUAAUUGGGUGGAGCUGAUUAUGUUAUGUGUAUCUACUGUGUCGUACAAGUUCUUAAUAAAUGACUCUCGUACUGAUCCAGUCACGCCUACUAGUGGUCUGAGGCAGGGGAUCCAUUGUCUCCAUACCUGUUUAUUAUCUGUGCAGAAGGGCUCUCCAUGUUAUUGCAGCAGGCACAAUCAAGAGGCUGGGGUGAUUAAGAAUUGUUUAACAGUGUAUGAGAAUUUAUCUGGGCAGGCAGUUAACUAUCAUAAGUCCAGUAUUUGCUAUAGCAAGAAUACUAGUGAGGGGGACAGGAACACUGUAGCGCAGGAGCUAGGGGUGGUGCAGGCUCCGAAUUUUGAGAAAUAUCUGGGGCCCCAUCUUUUAUUGGUAGGGAUAGAAAGGCAGCUUUCUCUUAUAUUGAGGACAAGAUCAAGAAGAGGAUUGGUUCAUGGAACAAGAAGCUUCUCUUUCAGGCUGGUAUUGAUGGAAUUUAGGCUCGGAUCAAGGAAUUCACUGGAAAGCAUGGGAUAG